AUGUCCAGUGACAGUAAUCUGCCUCAGAGUCCAACGGUUGCCGCUUCUGUGGGUAUUAGCAAUACCGAAGGGCCUCUUUCUCCGACCUACCAGAUCGACGGAGACCACAUAGGUGCUCUCAACCCCAUGGCCACACCUCAAUCCCUCAACGGCGACCAGCCAAAAGUCUAUCUCGAGCUCCGGGAUGGCCAAGUGUUCGAGGGUCUUAGCUUUGGUGCCAACAAAAGCAUUUCUGGAGAACUCGUCUUUCAAACCGGGAUGGUAGGCUACCCAGAGUCUAUGACCGAUCCAUCCUACCGCGGCCAGAUCCUUGUCAUUACUUUUCCGCUUGUCGGCAACUACGGUGUGCCCUCUAGAGAGACCUUGGACGACUUGCUAGGGGAUCUCCCCAAGCACUUCGAGUCCGACCGGAUCCAUAUUGGAGGACUUGUGGUUGCCUCAUACGCGGGUGAGAGUUACUCUCAUUACCUGGCUACUUCUUCUCUAGGAACCUGGUUGAAAGAACAAGGUGUUCCGGCAAUGUGUGGUGUCGACACCCGAGCUCUGACAAAGAUAAUCCGAGAAGAGGGCAGCAUGCUUGGCCGCAUGCUCCAGGCAAGACCCUCUUCAAAGCCAAAGCUUUCGAAUGGUGUCAAACUAGAUGCACUUCCCAAUGGAGACGUAGUGAUGGGCCCGCAAAACUGGCGAGAGCAAGUUGAAGGAAUCGACUGGCAUGAUCAGAACGAGAGAAACCUUGUGGCGGAGGUAUCUGUGAGGGAACCCCGAGUCCUCUCUCCUCCCGCAACCAGAGCUCUGCUUCAUCCGUCUGGGAGGCCUGUUCGUGUGGUGGUUGUGGAUGUCGGUCUGAAGUACAAUCAGCUGCGAUGUCUACUAUCUCGCGGGGUUGAAGUUCUCGUGGUGCCGUGGGAUUUUGACUUUCCAGCUCUUGCUGGAACAAACUACGAUGGACUAUUCGUUUCCAAUGGUCCCGGAGAUCCCGCGAUGCUCUCGACAACCAUCAAACACAUUUCCGAGGCUUUGAAGGAGGGGCGAACACCCAUUUUCGGCAUCUGUCUUGGUCAUCAAUUACUGGCUCGCGCAGCUGGUGCGGAGACAUUGAAAAUGAAGUUCGGUAAUCGUGGUCACAACAUUCCUUGCACAAACCUUUUGUCCGGACGGUGCUACAUCACUUCGCAGAACCACGGAUUUGCCGUCGAUUCCAUGACACUUCGUGAAGGGUGGGAAGAAUUGUUUGUGAACGCAAACGAUGGCAGCAACGAAGGUAUUCGGCAUGUGUCUCGACCGUACUUCAGCGUGCAGUUUCAUCCCGAGUCCACGCCUGGACCUCGAGACACUGAAUUCCUAUUCGAUGUCUUCGUUGAUGCGAUCAUGAAGAGUAUUGAAUCUGUGGACGCUCUCCUUCGUCCUGUGACAUUCCCAGGCGGUACCGUCGAGGAGAACGAACAAGCACAUCCUCGUGUAACGGUCAAGAAAGUUCUUGUGCUUGGAAGCGGUGGCCUCAGCAUCGGUCAAGCGGGAGAAUUUGAUUAUUCUGGCAGUCAAGCAAUCAAAGCUCUCAAGCAGGAAGGCAUAUACACCGUUUUGAUCAACCCAAACAUUGCAACUAUACAAACCUCCAAGGGUCUUGCCGACAAGGUCUAUUUCCUACCCGUCAACGCAGACUUUGUUCGGAAAGUCAUCAAAUAUGAGAGGCCGGACGGCAUUUACUGCACUUUUGGCGGUCAAACCGCUCUACAAGUCGGCAUUCAACUGAAAGACGAGUUUGCAGCUCUCGGAGUACAAGUUUUGGGGACUCCAAUUGACACUAUAAUUACCACCGAGGACCGGGAACUCUUCGCGAGAAGCAUGGAGUCGAUUGGAGAAAAAUGCGCCAAAUCAGCAUCCGCUUCGAGCCUGGAGGAGGCAAUGCGAGUUGUCCAAGACAUUGGAUUUCCUGUCAUUGUCAGAGCUGCCUAUGCAUUGGGCGGACUCGGCAGUGGAUUCGCUGAGGAUCCAAAUCAGCUGCGCGAGCUGUGCACAAAAGCGUUUGCUGCAAGUCCACAGGUGCUCAUCGAGAGGAGCAUGAAGGGCUGGAAAGAGAUCGAAUACGAGGUUGUCCGAGAUGCCCGAGACAACUGUAUAACCGUCUGCAAUAUGGAAAAUUUUGACCCCCUUGGGAUUCAUACCGGGGACUCGAUUGUUGUCGCUCCUUCGCAGACUCUGUCGGAUGAAGAUUACAACAUGCUACGUACCACAGCCGUCAAUGUCAUUCGCCAUCUCGGUGUCGUGGGCGAGUGUAAUAUUCAGUACGCUCUCAACCCCUUCUCCAAGGAGUAUUGCAUCAUAGAGGUGAACGCCAGGCUAUCUCGAUCUUCAGCUCUAGCCUCCAAGGCGACAGGUUAUCCGUUGGCGUUCAUUGCCGCCAAACUCGGACUGGGAAUCCCACUGAACGAGAUAUCCAAUUCAGUCACGAAGAAAACCUGUGCUUGCUUCGAACCUUCGCUCGAUUACGUUGUUGUCAAAAUCCCCCGAUGGGACUUGAAGAAAUUCACCAGAGUAUCUACACAGCUCGGGUCUUCGAUGAAGAGUGUUGGCGAAGUCAUGGCCAUUGGCAGGACGUUCGAAGAAGCUAUUCAAAAAGCCAUCCGCUCUGUGGAUUUUCAUAAUCUCGGCUUCUCGGAUAUCUCAAACCCUCUAAUGUCCGUCGACGACGAACUGCAAACUCCUUCGGACCAAAGAAUGUUCGCGAUCGCCAAUGCCAUGCACGCGGGAUAUUCGGUAGACAAGAUCUGGGAAAUGACCAAGAUUGACAAGUGGUUCCUUUCUCGGUUGAAAGGUUUGAGCGAUUUCGCCAAACUCAUGUCGACUUUCACGGCGACCAGCAUCUCUCCGGCGUUGAUUCGACAAGCCAAACAACUUGGAUUCUCUGACAGACAGCUAGCUCGCUACUGGAAUUCGAAUGAGCUGGCGGUGAGACGUCUAAGGGCCGAGGCAGGCAUACACCCCUACGUCAAGCAGAUCGACACUGUUGCAGCCGAAUUUCCCGCUUACACCAAUUAUCUCUAUCUUACUUACAAUGGUACUGAGCACGACAUUGCGUUCGACGACCACGGAGUAAUGGUCCUGGGUUCUGGCGUCUAUCGAAUUGGUUCUUCUGUGGAGUUUGAUUGGUGCUCAGUCAGAGCCAUCCGUACUCUCCGACAGCAAGGCUCCAAAACCAUCAUGGUCAAUUACAACCCGGAGACGGUGUCCACCGAUUACGACGAAGCAGAUAGGCUAUACUUCGAGAAUAUCAAUCUCGAAUCGAUCUUGGAUAUCUAUCAGCUGGAAUCAGCCAGUGGUGUCAUUAUUUCGAUGGGCGGGCAGACCCCGAACAAUAUCGCCUUGCCUUUGCACAGGCUCAAUGUAAAGAUCCUGGGGACAUCGCCCGAGAUGAUCGACUCGGCCGAGAAUAGGUACAAAUUCUCCCGAAUGCUGGACAGGAUCAACGUGGACCAGCCCUCCUGGAAAGAGCUUACAAGCAUCGAGGACGCACUACAGUUCUGCGAAAAGGUCCAAUAUCCUGUUCUGGUACGACCAUCAUAUGUUCUGUCUGGUGCAGCAAUGAAUACAGUGUAUUCCAAGGAUGAUCUCGCCAGCUACCUCAAUCAAGCAGUGGCUGUAUCAAGGGAACAUCCCGUUGUGAUCACCAAGUAUAUUGAGAAUGCCAAAGAGAUCGAAAUGGACGCAGUGGCAAAAGACGGCGUCAUGACUGGGCAUUUCAUUUCGGAACACGUUGAAAAUGCCGGUGUCCAUUCGGGAGAUGCCACCCUCAUAUGUCCUCCACAGGACCUUGAGCCAGAGACUAUUGCACGAAUUGAGGAGGCGACCCGCAAGAUCGGGAAUGCUCUCAAUGUGACAGGUCCGUUCAAUAUCCAAUUCAUUGCCAAAGACAACGAAAUUAAAGUCAUCGAAUGCAACGUUCGAGCCUCGCGAUCCUUCCCGUUUGUCUCGAAAGUCAUGGGCGUCGAUCUCAUCGAGAUGGCAACCAACGUCAUCAUGGACAAACCAGUGACUCCUUAUCCGCCCGUCAAUCUACCUCCAGACUACGUCGGUGUCAAGGCCCCUCAAUUCUCCUUCUCUCGUUUGUCCGGCGCAGACCCCGUCUUGGGUGUUGAGAUGGCGUCAACUGGAGAAGUUGCCUGCUUUGGACGAGAUCGUUACGAAGCUUAUAUUAAGGCAACCAUUUCGACUGGUUUCAAACUACCUGAAAAGAACAUCCUCCUCUCCAUCGGAUCUUUCAAAGACAAGAUGGAAAUGCUUCCCUCGGUGCGGAAAUUGCACCAUAUGGGAUAUAACCUAUUUGCAACUUCGGGCACGGCUGACUUCCUUGAGGAGCAUGGCAUUAAAGUUAAAUACUUGGAGGUCCUUGGUGGAGACGACAAAGAUCAAAAAUCAGAGUAUUCGCUGACCCAGCACCUGGCAAGUAACAUGAUCGACCUCUACAUCAAUUUGCCCUCCAGCAAUCGAUUUAGGAGACCUGCGAAUUAUAUGAGCAAAGGAUAUCGUACUCGGAGAAUGGCUGUCGACUAUCAGACUCCCUUGAUCACGAAUGUCAAGAUCGCUAAGAUCCUCAUCGAAGCCCUAGCCAGACACUAUGACUUGAACAUUCGGAAUAUCGACUUCCAAACAAGUCAUCGAACAGUGCUUCUUCCAGGGUUGAUCAACGUAGCUGCAUUUGUCCCCGGUAUUGCUCAGAAAGGAUCUCCAGAUUUCUCCCUCGUCACCAAGGCGUCCAUUGCAGCAGGCUUCAGCAUGGUUCGGGUCAUGCCCGUCGGCAUCGAUAGUGCUGUUGCCGAUGCCCGAUCUCUGAAAAUUGCACAGCACAAUGCUCAAAGUGGAGCAUUCUGUGACUUCAACCUGUCUGUAGCAGCUACCGAUUCCAAUUCCGAGCAGAUUGUCAAUGUCAAGGAAGAGGUCGGAUCGCUCUUCAUUCCUUUCAACCAUCUCUCUUCAGGCAACAUCAACAAGGUUGCGACCGUGACAGCUCAUUUCGGAACAUGGCCGUCCUACAAGCCAAUUGUGACGGACGCAAAAACCACAGAUCUAGCAUCAAUCCUCUUACUCGCAAGUCUACAUGAUCGAAAAGUCCACGUACACAACGUCACAUCCAAGGACGAUAUCAGCUUGAUUGCUCUCUCCAAGGAGAAGGGCCUGAAAGUCACAUGUGACGUGUCAGUCUACAGUCUCUUUUUGUCUCAAGCAGACUACCCCGACUGCUCUGCGCUACCAUCCGCUGCUGACCAGCAAGCUUUAUGGGAUCACCUGCCGACAAUUGAUGUAUUCUCGAUUGGCAGCCUGCCAUAUCAGAUUGCUGGUGAAAACGCAGCCCCCACUGUGGGGAUUACCGAUGCUCUUCCGCUGCUGUUGACGGCGGUCUCGGAAGGGAAGAUGACUGUGGACGACGUGACCACCCGUCUGCACGACAACCCGACCGCCAUCUUUGAACUUCAUGAACAGGCUUCCACCUCUGUCGAGAUUGAUAUUGAUCGCCCCUAUGUGCUUCAAGUUGGCGAGGUAUGGUCACCGUUCGUCGGAAGGACAUUGCGCGGAGCAGUUUCGAGAGUCAUUUUCCAAGGAAAGACUGCUUGCCUUGAUGGUGAAGUGCUUCUCGACGGUCCUCGAGGUUCGGACAUGUCAUCGCACCUACUCCAUCCUGUUUCGGCAGCGGGCAUUUCUGCGUCUCCCGUCAUCCAGGCACAAGUAGAGAGUCCAAGUGACAGACGAACCUCCAUGCUCGACACCAUGGCAACCAGACGUGUCUCAAUGAGCACUCGAAGCAGGCCUAUUGUCCGUGCUCGCCCCAUGGAUGAAGUCCUAGAAACGACCAGUCCAAUGCUCCCAGCCGCAGCUUUGUACCAACCCCAAUCUCCGUCCACAAUCUCGCCUUCUCUUCUCUCUCUUCUCGCUUCGUCCCCCUUCAAAAAUCGCCACGUGCUCUCCGUCAACCAGUACAACCGGCAGGAUCUGCACAUCCUCUUCACCGUUGCACAGGAAAUGCGUUUGGGUGUCCAACGUCAAGGUAUCCUCCCCAUCCUGCAAUCCCGCGUUCUUUGCACGAUGUUCUACGAGCCCAGCACCCGCACUUCGGGAUCCUUCGACGCUGCAAUGCAGCGGCUAGGAGGUCGCACGAUCGCCAUUAACACCGACCACUCAAGUACUCAAAAGGGAGAGACCCUGCAGGACAGUAUCCGGACGCUAGGCUGCUACGGCGAUGCCGUCGUACUUCGCCAUCCGGACGAAGAGUCUGCUUCCACUGCGGCAAAAUUUUCCCCUGUGCCUAUCAUCAAUGGGGGCAACGGGAGUCGUGAACAUCCUACCCAAGCUUUCCUCGAUCUCUUCACCAUCCGCGAAGAGUUGGGCACUGUCACCGGUCUCACUGUCACAUUCACAGGUGAUCUCAAGUACGGACGCACAGUCCAUUCCCUGGUGAAACUCCUCCAGUACUAUGAAGUGCGCAUCAAUCUCGUCUCACCCAAGGCGCUUGCCUUGCCAGCUGAAGUGCGCGACCUUAUUGUGUCUUCGGGUCAACUGGCCAUCGAAUCAGACACGCUCACACCCGAGGUUGUUGCCAAGAGCGACGUGUUGUAUUGCACGCGUGUUCAAAAAGAGAGAUUCCCUUCACUCAACGAAUAUGAGAGGUUGAAGGAUAGUCUGAUUGUGGACAACUCCGUGUUGAAAUACGCAAAGCAGAGCAUGAUCGUCAUGCACCCGCUGCCGAGGAAUAGGGAAAUCAGCGAGGAAGUCGACUUUGAUCAGCGCGCAGCCUAUUUCAGGCAGAUGCGGUACGGGUUGUACACGAGAAUGGCACUGCUGGCCCUCGUGUUGGCGCAUUAG